AUGACAGAGACCAAGAGCUUGAUGGAGCGAGCCCUGGCCCACCUGCAAGGCGAGCUGUCUAACAUUCGGACGGGGCGGGCCACGCCCGGCAUGCUGGACCACCUGAAGGUGGAUGUGUAUGGCGACCGUCUGCCGCUCAAGGCGUGCGGGUCUGUGUCGGUACGGGACCCCCAGCUGCUCGUCAUCACCGUGUUUGAUGUGGAUGCGGUACCUAGCGUUGUCAAGGCAGUGUCCGAGUCCCCGCUGCGGCUGAGCCCGCGGGCGGAGGGGCAGGAGGUGCUGGUGCCAAUCCCCAGGCCCACCAUCGAGUCUCUGGAGGCGAUGAUGAAGGUGUGCAAGGUGGAGGGGGAGCAGGCCAAGGUGUCUGUGCGGCACGCCCGCAAGCUGGCCAUGGAUGCUGCCAAGAAGCUGGGCAGCGAGGACGAGCGCAAGCGGGUGGAGAGGGAGGUGCAGAAGCUGACGGAUGAGUAUGUGAGGGAGGUGGAGGGGGCGGUGCAGAGGAAGGAGAAGAGCAUCAAGAGCCACGACUCGUGA